GACAAUGUUUUGAAAUUUAUGUUUUAUGACUGUGUAUCCAGGAUUGUCGGUUUGGAUAUAGGACAAAGUAACACAUUAUAUCCUUGGGGUGAAUUUACAUUAUAUCUUUGUGAUGAAUUUACAUGUAUUAUUAUUCCUUUACUGCAACUGAAUUCGAUUCCCGAAUCGCUGAUGAAUUUUCUUUGUCUGCCGGACCAUACUUUUGUUGGCGUUGGCAUUGAGGGAAAGAUGGGAUUGUUGGAGACGCAGUUUGGGAUUAGAUGCAGAAAUGUCGUGGAAUUAGGGCCAUGGGCUGCUGAUGUAUUGGGCAUGCCUCAUUUGGGAACAUGUGGUAUUGAUAAACUCGCUCUUGAAGUUGUUGGGUUUGAUCUUGGAAGAUGGAGACGUCGGAGUCGGUUGUAUGAGGAUUCUUAUGGUGAUUUACUUCUUCCAACUGUCAAUGUUUGUUGUUGCUACCAGAUUGGGAGGAAAUUGUUUGAGAAACCUGCUAUUUCUUCGAAGAUUAGGAGGAAAUUGUUGGAGAAACCUGCUAUAUCUUCGAAGAUUGAGAGGGAAUUAUUGGCGGAAAGAGUUGCUAUUUCAUCGAAGCGAGGACGUGUGAUUCGUAGGAAGAAUUGGCUUGUGUGGUUUGGAUUUUGUAAGUCAAGAUUUGCAGUGUUUGUAAUGAUUUUUCUAGUGUUCGUAGGAUGUAUUAUGAACUUUGAUGGGUUUAGAAAAUCAAAAUUGUGAAAGAAGAAAAGAAGGGCGGUGGAAUAGAUAAAUUCUUGGUAGGAGAAGUGUUUUUCUUUGUUUUGUUUGAGGUUUUGUGUAAUCUGUCCUUCUUAGUUUUUAUCCAAUCUUAUUUA